AGGCUUGGUAAGGAAGGAGGCUCUUGAAAGGGGCUGAGCGUCUGAUUCGCAAUUUUCUCCCUACGACACCCCGAAAGUCACGAAGGUUUCUGAACCUCGAGGUUUUGGUAUGGCCUCCCAAAGCAUAGUCCUCCAAAACCCUGCCGUCCUCUCUCCAUAUAUCUCCACAGCCGUGAUCUCUCCUCCGUUGCCAAGAAAACAUCCAAACAUAAUAUCUUGCCGCCAACCAACUUGCACGGCAGCUGUUUCUGCCCCCAACGCCCACCGCUCAACCGGUCCUACGCAGCCGCUGCUGCGGGUUGUCUCCGUUCCUCCAAGUGAAAAGCCAAAAACGAUCGCUUCUUCCUCUUCGGCGCCCGUCCACCAUAACCCAUCCACCGACAAAUCUCAGAACAAAAACUCGCCCCCUCCUCAAUCGUCGUCCAGUUUACUCCUCACCACUUCAACUCGGACCGCCACUACGCUCUUGGUAAUCGCUCUAGCAGCCUCAAAAUUAUUGGCCGGCAGAAUUCAGGCCAUUUAUGGCCUCUUACCACAAGUAGAACCCUUAAUUUACUCCUCAGCGGGUCCUGCUUUCUUCGCAGCAAUCGGCGAAUAUCCCACUACCGUAAGAUUAGACACCCCAUUCGCUAUCCUCGCAGGUGGGAUGGCAAAGUGGCUUGACAUCUACGUUGGGGUAUUGUCGCUGAGAUGUUUGCUCACCUGGUUCCCCAAUAUACCUUGGGAUAAGCAGCCUUUAUCGGCUAUUAGGGACCUGUCUGAUCCAUAUUUAAGCCUUUUCCGGAGUGUAAUUCCGCCGGUUUUCGAUUCCUUGGAUCUUAGUCCGCUCGUGGCUUUCACUGUCUUGGGGACCAUUGGCACGAUUUUGAGGCGGUUUUGAAGAUCUGCAGCAAAUGAGUAACAGUCAUAUCCCGAGAAAGGAACAAGGAAUAAUAAAUCCUGUACCAGUUUGAUAGUUAGUUUGGAGAGGGCGGAUUUUGGCUCUAGCAUUAAGCAGGGAAUGCCGUCCACUUUUUCCAAUCCCAGUCUCUAAUGGCAUGAAAUGAAAGAGGUUUGAAGAAUUUAAAUCUAAAGGCCUUUUUAUCGCAUGCAUAUAUGGUAUUUUACUAUUUUAUACUACGUCGAUCAGGUAUAGCAGUAUAGCAUUUACUGUGGAAGAUCAAUUAGUUAACGAAAUUUGAUUUGUCAAGUCGUACGUACGUUAGAGGUAUUGCUAGAGGGCGCCGUUGGGCACAGCAAACAAGUGACCGCCCACUCGGUGCCUUUGGGGUUUGUUUGGAUUGCGAUUUAUUUGUUAAAAUAUAUUUGCUUACAUCAUCAUUAUAAUUUUUAACACA